GGGGAUGGUCGCUGUGACAGCCUAGGGCAUUCCACCAAGUAAGGCAGCUAUUCUCUCAUGGAUUUAGAGCAAAACAAAAUUCUAGAUUCUCAGCUAGUCCAGAGUAAUGAAGUAAAGAACUCCAAUGCAAUAGAAAAAGAAGGCCUGGAAAGAUCCCUUCAAUUUUUAACUGCUGAAGGACUGUCUCUUGACACCUUGAUAACAGACAGACAUGUCCAGUUUAGAAAGCACACGAGGGAGAAAUGGCCUGCUGUUAAGCACAGAUUGGAUGGCUGGCAUAUUGGCAAAGGUAUUGGUGAAAAGAUUGACAGUUUCGCCAAAAAGAAAGACUGUGCUGUGGAAAAAAAAUGGAAGAGUGUGGUCAACCACAUGUUCUGGUACGCUGCAUCAACUGAUGAUGAUGAAGAAGAUUUAAAGGAGGCAAAGUGGAUCUCAAUCACCAAUCACAUCAUGAACAAGCAUUCGAGGCAUGAAAGUCAUUUGUUUCCCCAGUGUCUUCAUGGCAGACUGCAUGGCAGAGAAAGAAAAAAGAAGUGGCUCAAACCAGGUUCACAACCUUAUGAGAAACUAACAGAGGUACUUACAAAGGGCACACUGUUAAAGGAUAUCAAGCAGAUGUCUGGAGCACAUGCCACCUCAUCAAUCGAGGCCUUUCAUUCAGUACAAAACCACUUUGCUACAAAAUGCUGGGCUUUCUCCUACCAUGGAAUGACCAGCAGGUUGCAGAUUUCCAUCUUACAUUUCAAUGAGAACAGUGAUUGGGAAUGUGCUAAACUACAGGAUGGUACUGGGCGUGUAAACAUUGCUUUCCCCAAUUACAAGAAGGGGGAACAUACAAUAAAAAAGAUCUUAGUUCAAUGCUUAUAGAGUAAGUGAAGAUAGCAUUUGCAAGGAAACAUUUCAUGUGGAUUAACUUCAAAAAUUACUAACAAUUACAACUGCUUAGAUGAUCCCAUGUGUUAAAUCUAUCUCCCACAAUUGGAAAAUACCAUGUGCGACUUUCAUAUGUUCACCUGCGCAUAAAAAGAACUUCAUUAUACACCAAAUAUUUUUGAUGAUGAGAUUACUGUAAUGUAUAGAGCGUUUUCACUCAUGUGACCAAAUUUCUUUAUCGUCAUGGUAACCGACUUCAUCUGCCAUCUUGGUGUUCCAUGAUAAUCAGCUCUGAGUAUUGUGACAGGAAACAUUUGGAACACAUUUUACGGUUUUGAGAAGACAAUUGUGUAAUAUUUAUAUUUUCGUUAUCACAGUUCUUUGCCUUGUCAUUAGCUGUGGGAACAAAACAGGGAAGAAGUGGUCUCACGUCGAAAAAGUAAUGUUUUUUCGUGUCCCACGUGUUCAGUAAAGUCAAGGAGAGUACACCAAAGGACUUACUUCUGAGUGAAGAAG